CACGUAGUCAUACAGUAAGUGGUGAGUGUUGUUCAAACUUGGUCAUUUUCAAAACUUUCAGUAUGAAUUUCCUCGUGUUGUCGAUUGUCGUGACCAUGGCGGCCUUCGUCGCUGCUGAAACUUACACAGACAGAUACGACCACAUCAACAUCGACGAGAUCAUUGAGAACAGGAAACUGCUGGUUCCCUACAUCAAGUGUACCUUAGACCAAGGAAGAUGUACUCCUGAAGGCAGGGAACUUAAAGCUCACAUCAAGGACGCUAUGCAGACAUCUUGCUCCAAAUGUACUGAGAAACAGAAAAAGGGUGCAAGAAAGGUCGUCAAACACAUCAGAGCUAAGGAACAGGAGUACUGGAAGCAGAUCCUCGCCAAGUACGACCCUGAAGACCAAUACAAAGAGAACUAUGAAACCUUCCUCGCUGCUGAGGACUGAGAGAUCAGUUUUAAAUAGUGUAAUACCAAAUUUUUACGCACUGUAACAAAAUUAAGUCGAUUGUAUAAAGUAUUGUAGUUUAAUAAAUCAUCGGAAUCAAGUCAUAGUUUGUUUUAAAUAGAAGUUUUAGUAGGUGGAAUGUGAUGGAAGGAUUCAACCUACC